UUAAUGUUAGUCUCAGACCCUCACCACUUGUUUUUGGCUAUGAAUGGACCACCACAUAUUUGUCGCAUUUCCCCAGAAAAGCUCCCCGGGACCUUCUGGAUGUUACAGCUAAUUUGUUGAUCUGUAUGGGGAAGAUGUUCUGGAUUUUUCUCCUGCAGCUCAUCGGCAGCUUGGCUGGGCUUUCUGAAGCUGAACAUGAGACGCUGUGCACCUCCAACGCCUGCUUCACCCUGCACAUGAACGAGGUACUCUUUGACAAGGCCGUUCAGAACUGUGACCACAAUGGAGGUUACGUGAUGACAGUGAGAGACCGGGAAGAAGAGGAUGUGCUCCGUUUGCUUCUCUCACGGAUCCAAAGAAAAAGUCAGGACAGGGCAUCUACAUUUUGGAUUGGAUUAAAACUGCACAAAAAGGACUGCGUGCUGCCUGACAAGACUCUGAAGGGGUUUAAGUGGGUGUCUGGGGAGGAAGAUUCCAACUACUCCAACUGGGUAAGAGAACCUGUCAAAACAUGCAAAGAGAGAUGCGUUAAAAUUCCUUACACCGAAUCAGGUCAGAACCAACUGAAAUGGGUUGACGGAACAUGCAAAAGCCCUGCUUUUUAUGCGUGUAAGUUUUAUUUCAAGGGGAUGUGCAAACCGUUGGAUUUGUUGGGGCCUGGAGAAAUAACCUACACAGCUCCUUUCUCAGAAAAGCCACAAAGAAGUGAAAUGGAAUCAUUUCCACUUGGAACAUAUGCUGUUUUUUCAUGUAGAGAGCAACAGUCCCAAUACUCUGUGUGCAUGGGGACGGCCGACACCUAUAGUUGGACUGUUCCUGGUCCAUUUUGCAAAACAGGGAAGGAACACUGCGAAAUAAACAAUGGCGGAUGUGAACAUUUGUGCCACCAGGAAGCAGAUGAGGUUAAAUGCUUGUGCAAAGAAGGUUACGACCUGGAUGACGAUGGAUUCACUUGCAGGGUGAAGGAUGUGUGCGGCGUUGGCACCUGUGAGCAUCAGUGCGUGACGACGGAGUCUGGGUAUUUUUGCAAGUGUCCAGAUGGGUUCAGAUUGGAUGCAAACCAGCGGAACUGCUCUGACGUAGAUGAGUGCCAGUCACAGACCUGUGAAGAUCAUGUGUGCGUAAACACACACGGAAGUUACACUUGUACAUGUCAAAGCGGCUACAAAAUGGUUGUCGGUACUUGCGUUGAUAUGGAUGAGUGUGUGCAAGGAAGAUGCGAACACAGCUGCUUGAACAGUAUUGGAUCCUUCUUGUGUUACUGCAAUGAAGGCUUCAGUUUAUCUGAGGAUGACCAUUCGUGUGAGGACAUUGAUGAAUGCGUCAGUAGUCUCUGUCAGUUUGAAUGCUUCAAUACCAUCGGAAGUUUCCGGUGCACCUGCCCGAAAGGCUUCUACCUGGAGAUUGACGGAUCAACCUGCGCUCAGGAAGUGACAGCAACAUCAGCAUCUUCAACAGAGGAGUCUAAUGAUGAGGAAACACAAGACAACUUUACAGAGUCUUUAAACAGGACAACAGUGGAGCUCCAACACCAGUCCCCUCACACCAACGCGCCAAUUCUGGACUUGGUGAACCUGCCGCCGGACGAUCAGCAGAACAACGCAUCAUCAGUGACAGGUUUGGCUGAGUCUGUCAAUUCCAGGGUGAUCGUCUGCGUCCUUGGUUCAGUCAUUCCUCUGCUGCUUUUGGUCGCAGUGACAAUGGCUAUUGCAAUUAUUCGCUGCAAUCGGUCCAAAAAAGAAGCCAAGAAAAAUACAACUACCGAUGGUUACUGUUGGGUGUCCUCCGGUUUGGAUCCGCGUUUAGAGAAACUUUACGAGUCGAUCUUGACUGAUGACCUAUAGCAUGAUAGUGAUGGAGAACACUGACUACAUGGAUUACCAUGUUUGUUUAUGUAAUUUAUGU